AGCAAUAGAAAAGCUUCUUGUAAACGACGAAGGUGUUAUAAAUAUCAGAACACCGACGAGGGUGUGUUUUUCUCCGAAGCUUUGUUGGCGGCAAAGCAAAUCUGUAUUGCGAUGGCGCCCACGAAGCUCUUCUUCUUUGCGUUUUCAGUAGCCCUAAUUUUCGCCAUCGUCGGGGCCGAGGCUGAUGUUUCCGUCGACGGAAGCGUAGCAGAGCCUGAUUCCUCUGCCUUCAAGAUCCAAUUAGAUCAACUCAAUUCUAAGAUCCGAAUUCUCGAAUCUGAAAUCAGAGAAAAGUCAGAAGAAGUGAAGAGGAAGGACGAAAUUGUGGCCGGAAAAGAAAAAAUUAUUCAAGAUAAAUCGGUCACCAUACAGUCCCUGCAGAAUGAUAUUGCUUCUCUCCAGAAAAAAGGGUCAUUGGAUGCUGAAGAGCAAGUCGGAAAGGCUCAUGCACGGGCUGUUGAACUACAGAAUCAGGUGGACAAGCUUAAAGGGGAACUAGAAACACAAAACAGGGAGAAAGGGAACUGGGAAACUCGAGUGCUUGGGUUAGAGAAAAAAGUUAAUGACUUGAACUCAAAAUUAGAAGAUCUUCAAAAGAUAAACCAGGAGCAGAGGACACAGAUUCAGAAAACGGAGCGUGCUCUUAAAGUUACCGAGGAAGAGAUGGUGAAGGCUAAGUUUGAGGCAGCUGUCAUAGAAGCAGAGUUGAGUUCGACACGUGGUGCUUGGCUUCCACCUUGGCUUGCUGUACACUAUCUUCAUAGUAAGGUGAGUCUAUGUUGUAUCUCCUCUGAUGUUNAAUAG